GUAGCUCGUUGUUUUAUAGGCUUUUUCAUAUUCAGUCGGAAGAGUUUAGGUAAGACUUUCAAAGAAACUCUCGACGGGAGAAUCGAGUCUAUUCAGGAAGAAUUGCAGCAAUUCUUCAAUCCUAACGAAGUAAUUCCGGAGGAAUCCAAUGAACAACAACGAUUACUUAGGAUCAGCUUGCGAAUUUGCAGCACCAUAGUAGAAUCAUUACCAACGGCACGCUGUGCGCCUAAGUGCGAAAAGACAGUGCAAGCUUUGUUAUGCCGAAACCUAAAUGUAAAGUCAGCAACACUUCUAAAUGCCACUUCUUCCCGCCGCAUCCGUCUUCAGGACGAUAUAGUCACAGGUUUUCACUUUUCAGUGAGUGAAAGAUUUGUAUCCGGGUCUACGUUCAAAGCUUCUACCAUAGACCUAAUUCGAGAAGGCUUGAUAGUCCUAAGAAAGGUGAGGGUGGGGGGUUCUAUUUAGGAAGAAUAAGAAGAAUCUCAUUCAUGUGUUCAUGCUAACAGAAGAGCGGAUCCAAUACACAUAAGACUUUUUUUCAGGAAA